AAUUUAUCCUUUUGGCAAAAGUGUUCCUCACAGAAUCUUCAUGACCAGAGCUCCUUCUCACCACCAACAAUGGCGUUAACUCCAUCCUCCUCUACAUUCCCUUAUCUUCUCCAAUUCUCCGACCAGUCUUCGUCACCGACUACUCUGUUUCCCCUUCUGGGCCCGACGUGGUCUUCUUCUCCUCCCCCCUCUUCUUCCUCUUCCUGUUCUGUCCACUUGUCGGCGCUAGGCAGAGCUCCGAUUUGUCCCGAGACAUUGAAGGUUCUGUCGAGAUCGAAGUGCUGGGCGAAGCCGUCGACCACGGCGGAGGAUUUCGUCAGCGAUUCUGAAACCCUAAUCACUAGCGACGACGAAAGCGACGGAGGUGGUGACGGCGAUAAUGGAGGGCGAGAAGAUACGAAAAAGAUCGCUUCUUCUUCUUCUUCUUCUUCUUCGUCUUCGUCUUCGUCAAGUGAUUCUCUGUCUCUGGGGAUCCGUGAGCCGGUCUAUGAGGUUGUUGAAGUGAAAGCCACUGGAACGAUAUCCACAAGGAAGAUCAACAGAAGACAGCUCCUAAAAUCCAGCGGUCUGCGUCCAAGAGAUAUCAGAAGCGUAGAUCCUUCAUUGUUUAUGACGAACUCUAUGCCAUCUCUAUUGGUUCGUGAACACGCAAUUCUGCUAAAUUUGGGCUCACUGCGAGCAAUAGCAAUGCGAGAACACGUCCUCAUAUUCGACUAUAACCGUAAAGGAGGAAGAGCGUUUAUAGACACGUUGAUGCCUCGGCUCAACCCGAGAAAUAUGAACGGAGGACCCUCUAUGCCCUUUGAACUUGAGGUUGUUGAAGCAGCACUCAUCUCUCGGAUACAACGUUUAGAGCAGAGACUUAUGGACAUAGAACCUCGUGUCCAAGCACUUCUUGAGGUUUUACCCAACCGUUUAACCGCCGACAUAUUGGAAGAACUCCGCAUUAGCAAGCAAAGACUGGUUGAAUUGGGUUCGAGAGCUGGUGCUCUUAGGCAAAUGCUUCUUGAUCUUUUAGAGGAUCCACACGAAAUACGACGUAUAUGCAUCAUGGGAAGAAACUGCACUCUUCGAAGAGGGAACGAUGAUUUGGAAUGUUCUCUGCCUUUGGAGAAGCAGAUUGCCGAGGAGGAAGAAGAGGAAAUAGAAAUGCUCCUGGAGAACUAUCUCCAAAGAUGUGAGUCGUGUCACGGUCAGGCCGAAAGGCUUCUGGAUUCAGCAAAGGAAAUGGAAGACUCCAUUGCUGUGAAUCUAAGCUCUCGGAGGCUAGAGGUUAGCAGAUUCGAGUUGCUGCUUCAGGUCGGGACAUUCUGUGUGGCGGUUGGUGCUCUCAUUGCGGGCAUAUUCGGUAUGAACUUGAGGUCCUAUCUCGAAGAAAACGCGUCUGCAUUUUGGUUAACGACGGGCGGAAUCAUCCUGGGCGCCAUUGCAGCGUUUUUCCUCUUGUACUCAUAUCUCAGGAAACGGAAAAUCCUUUAAAAGCCACUGUACAUCUCUGUACAAAAACAUCAGUUUUCUUUUCUUGCAGGUGAAUCCAUCAAGAAAAUGAUUUUAUCUCAGAUCAAGAACCGAUCAUGCCCUCUGGUCUAUGUUUCAGUUCAUGGUAGAAGCAUAAACAAAGAUAUCAGUCAUAUGUUUGCUUGGUCAUUUGAAGAGAAAAUAAGUCAAGGAACGCUGUUUCCUUCAAACACCGAGUUCUGAGACAAAAGCUUGUCUGGUUUAAGUACUGGAUAGUAUUCUCAACAUUACUUCAGUGAAAGUAAUUUAUGGAUCAUCACAAAAACACAAUAUGAAGUUUCAAACACUUGUAUCAUUUAAGUAUUAUACUCAAAUGGAUCAUCUUUGAAUA